CCCCGACUUAGCUUCUUUCGCCCGCGCGGCAACCGGCUCCUCCUCUCCUCCUCUCCUCCGCCGCCGUCGUUCCAAACAAACCCCCCUCCGCCGCCUCGGCCGCAGCAUCGCAUCGCCUUCCCCCGCGACACGCCCGUUGCUCACCGUCGCUGGCUGAGCUACCGGCUGCUCUACUCGUCCGCUAUCCGAGCACCGCGCCGCCGCGCAACCCCCGACGGCCAUCGUCGUCGCAGACGCCUCCCGUCCCUGCCUAGCAAGCAUCACCGAGUGACUCGCUCGAGUUGGCUUGGGGCUCGAGCGCCGUCGUCCCAGCACCACAACAAAUCGUCCCGUCGCCUCGCGCCGCACGACAACUUUCCCCAUCGCCACAGCCUGCCGCGCAUCCGAGCCUGAGCCAUCGAGGCCGUAUUUGCCAGCCAUGGGUGGCUGUCAAUCGUCGUGUUGCGGAGGACGAUCCCGCGAUGGUCUCUACGAGCCCGUGCUGGCCGACAGCGAGAGGGAGGCCGUCGCAGACUUGCUGCAGUACCUGGAAAAUCGCGGCGAGACCGACUUCUUCUCGGGAGAGCCCCUCCGGGCUUUGAGCACUCUAGUCUUUUCCGAAAACAUCGAUCUCCAGAGAAGCGCCAGCCUCACCUUUGCCGAAAUCACUGAACGAGAUGUCCGAGAAGUUGACCGCGAUACCCUCGAGCCCAUCCUAUUCCUUCUCCAGAGCCCGGACAUUGAAGUCCAACGGGCUGCCAGCGCCGCCUUGGGCAACCUUGCCGUCAACACCGAAAACAAGGUUCUCAUCGUACAGCUGGGCGGCCUGACGCCGCUCAUCCGGCAGAUGCUUUCGCCCAAUGUCGAGGUCCAGUGCAAUGCCGUCGGCUGCAUCACCAACCUUGCGACCCACGAGGAGAACAAGGCCAAGAUCGCCCGCUCUGGUGCCCUCGGCCCGCUCACCAGGCUGGCCAAGUCCCGGGACAUGCGCGUCCAGCGAAACGCCACGGGCGCUCUCCUCAACAUGACACACUCUGAUGAAAACCGGCAACAGCUUGUUAACGCCGGCGCCAUCCCGGUCCUCGUCCAGCUCCUCUCGUCCCCCGACGUCGACGUCCAGUACUACUGCACGACGGCGCUGAGCAACAUCGCGGUCGAUGCCAACAACAGAAGGAAGCUCGCGUCGUCGGAACCCAAGCUGGUCCAGUCGCUGGUCAAUCUGAUGGACUCGUCGUCUCCCAAGGUCCAGUGCCAGGCAGCCCUGGCCCUUCGAAACCUCGCGUCCGACGAAAAGUACCAGCUCGACAUUGUGCGCGCCAACGGCCUGCACCCCCUCCUCCGCCUCCUCCAGUCCUCAUACCUCCCCCUGAUACUCUCGGCCGUUGCGUGCAUACGCAAUAUUUCGAUUCAUCCCCUGAACGAGUCGCCCAUCAUCGAGGCCAACUUUUUGAAGCCCCUCGUCGACCUCCUCGGAUCGACCGACAACGAGGAAAUCCAGUGUCAUGCCAUCUCGACCCUGCGAAACCUGGCCGCCAGCUCCGACCGCAACAAGGCGCUCGUCCUCGACGCGGGCGCGGUGCAGAAGUGCAAGCAGCUGGUGCUGGAUGUUCCCGUGACGGUCCAGUCGGAGAUGACGGCCGCCAUCGCCGUUCUCGCCCUCAGCGAUGACCUCAAGUCGCACCUGCUCAACCUCGGCGUCUGCGACGUGCUGAUCCCGCUCACACACUCUCCUAGCAUUGAGGUACAGGGCAACAGUGCCGCGGCGCUGGGCAACUUGUCCUCGAAAGUCGGCGACUAUUCCAUCUUUGUGCAGAAUUGGAACGAGCCCAACGGCGGUGUUCAUGGCUACCUCGGGCGGUUCCUUCAGUCGGGCGACGCGACCUUCCAGCACAUUGCCGUGUGGACGCUCCUCCAGCUGUUCGAGUCGGAGGACAAGGCGCUCAUCAGCCUCAUCGGAAAGGCCGACGACAUCAUCGAGCAUAUCCGGAACAUCGCGAAACGACAAGUCGAGGCCGAGCCUGAAUCUGACGAGGAGGACGAAGGCGAGGUGGUGAACCUGGCGCAGCGAUGCCUCGAGCUGCUAGGCCAGAGCAUGUCCAAGGCGCACAUUGAGGGCUGAGGCGUACCCGGCGGAUGGACCAGGAACUGGUUCCCUUGACAAGGUGCUUUUGGGCCGAGACAGCCCCAGACGGCGAGCGUGGCAUCGGAGUUAUAGGCGUCUGGACGUCGAAUCUGUUGUUGUGGACUGCGGCUGGGUCACUCCCUGCGACUGGGCCCUCUGUUGUCGUUUUCAAAGAGCCGAUUUAUUCUUGAUGCGGGAACUUGUUUGGCCGCCGCGACCAUGUGGGAGCCUGAUGCGCGUCGGUCGACGACACGUGGCGCGGAUAGUCCUUUGGUCGCGGCAGCAUCACGAGAGAGACUGAGGGCAAUUCUUUUGUACAAAGCAUUUCCGGCGAAUGACCGUGGUUAGCCUAGCAUUACCUGCCUUUUGUCGAUUUUUUUUGUUCCUCCGACGGUUGGUUGGAGAGGAAUGUGCAUGCAGCAGACGGGUUGCACGCGCGGAUGAGAGAAAGAGAAAGAGACAGAGAGUUGUAAUUAGACAGACCGUGACGAGUUUAGGCCUUCUUAUUAUAUACCCUUGCGUGCUGAGCGCCGGACAUUGCUGAAGUGAGGCUAUCUAUCCAUCUAUGGUACAUUUGUAUGACAAAAAAAUAGGACAAUCAUGCAGGGAGGGCAUGAGAUGUCUCGGGGGCAAGCAAGGUGACAGAGGGUCGAGUGAGGUGUCAGGGAGGUCCG